GUGAUGAUAAGUCAAGCACACCGGCGAAAGACGAGAAGAUUUCUUUUUAUUAUAUAUUAAAUCAGUGAAAAGCUUUCCACGUCUAUAAUCCUGGCAUCUCACAAUCUCAUUGCUAUGACAGCGAAUUGGUAGUAUACACACAUCCCAAUCAGAGUCAUGGAAUGCAUGUGGCGAAGGUGUACAAAAGCAAACACACAAGACAUUCCCGGUGACCUUACCUAAAGUUCCUUCAGAGGUAUGAAUGCUAGAUGGGCACUUCCUGAUUCUAUAGGCAGAAUUCUGGAAUUUCAAUGAAAAGUCUUUAUUCGUAUAGACAAGAACUUUUGAGGCGAGGCAAGAUAGUCUGGCUGGCUGACUAUCACCUCGUAAGUUCUCAAUGUCCAAGUUGGACUUAGAAAUUGGUGGGGAAAGUGUAUUGAAUCAUGACGUCUACGAGUCAAAUGCCAACGCUACAAACUUAACGAAACCAUAUUAUACUGUGCGUCAAAGAUCACAUAUUUCAGUUCAUCAGUACUGUUGAUCUAUCACUCUCUUCUUUCUUAAUCAUAAUCUCUUAAUUGUAUAAUCUAUCGGUACUCAGCUUGCAAAAGAAAAGUCUUUUUCAUUUGGCUGUCUUGACGAUUUCCAUUCCGCCCCGCCCGCCACGAUUCACAAUGGCCUCCUCCGGCCAAAGAAAACAUGUAGUAAUAAUCGGAGCUGGAGCUGCAGGAAUGUCAUGUGCUGCUACUCUUGCCCAGCAUCCAGAAAAGUUCAAAGUUACCAUGAUCGAAAGAAUGGGUGUAACCGGAGGCCAAGCAACCUCCAUCGCCCUUGACAAAGAGAAAUUUGGCACCGACUGGAUGAACGAUGGUGUCCAAGGUGGCUCACCGAUCUUCAAACAUACUUGCCACUUCUUUAAACAAUACGGUCACGAAGCUCAAGGCAUCAAACUUCAAGUCGCAUUUGGGAAAGGCGAAGACGGAUUCUGGACCAAUUGUUUCCCUAGUCCUCUUGUCGAACGCUUCUCAAGCGAUAUCAAAAAAUUCGGCAAGGUGCUGAAGAUUAUCAAGUGGUUGAUGCCUGUAAUGGGGGUAAUACCCAUCCGAAUCAUGCUCAAGAUGUUCUUCUUCAGCAAGGACUUUGGAGAUAAAAUGGUGUAUCCUCUCAUCGCUCUGUUUCUCGGUACCGGCAACCAAACAGCCAAUGUAUCGUGCGCGAUCUUGGAGCGGUUGUUCGAUGACAAGAAUAUGAAACUCUGGGACUAUGAUCCAGACACACUUCUUCCGAACUUACCUCAAAUGUUGACAUUCCCUAAUCUUCAUAACUUCUACGAAGAUUGGAGAAAAGAUCUCGAAUCAAAAGGUGUAGAUAUUCGUCUCAACACUGAUGUCACGGAGAUUAUUCAACGGAGUGAGAAAGGGGUUGUGAUGAGCACGAGACCGUUUAACCCCGAUGCAAAUGACAGAAAGGGGGAACACACAGGGCCAACUUCCAAAUCCGAAACAUUUGAUGAAUUGGUAAUGUGUGUCUUAGCCGAUGAUGCACUCAAAAUCCUUGGGAAAACUGCCACUUUCAAGGAGAAACUCGUGCUUGGAGGAGCCAGAUUCUACGAUGAUAUAACAGUGACCCACUCCGAUCACGAAUACUUCCGCAAACACUACGAAACCAAAUUCGACCCCUCUCUCUGCGCCGAUCCAAAAUCUCAAGCCCAAAAAGACCAAAUCGCUUUUUCAAAAGGCGAACGACGUGGUGUCGACAAUGAACCUAGUGGUUUUCGACCCAUGUAUUAUACCAAAUCCUACGCACAGGACCCUAAAAAAAUCGAAAUGUCUUUUGACUGUACAAACUACCAACAUCAAUUCCGUCAGGACCACGACGCAGAAACUGCACCUGUCCCAUAUGAUCGUCACGUCUUCCAAUCAAUCUUCCUCGACGCCUCGAACCGCGAAUUCUGGACCAUCGAUGAAAUUGCUCCAGACAAAGUGAUUGAGAAGAAGUGGUGGCAUCAACUUGGUCAUCGCUGGCAACAUUACGCGAGGGUUGUGCCCGGAAUGAUGUUUAUCAAUGGGAAGAAUCAAACGUGGUUUGCAGGGAGUUGGACGCUUGUGAACAUGCACGAAUUAGCCCUUGUAUCAGGUAUAGCAGCAGCGUAUCGACUCGGCGCUGACUACGUGAAAUUCGACGAUUUCGCCGAGGAAUUCUUUGGUAACUAUAUGCUUGUGUCCCAUGGCUUUAGAUACACAGCGGAAGAGAAGAGGAGGAAGCAGAAGAAGCAGUGAAAGAUCGUGGGGGGGUUUUGUACAUAUGUGUAAGAUUAUCUAGCUAUUGAGAGUAAUGUUUACUUUGUUAUUUGCUCCUGUUUUGAAAGCAUCAUAGAAAGCAAUGCUCCAUGGAUUUUGAUCGCAAUUCGAGUCUCUCGAUUGGAAGAUUACUAGGUUUCAUUUAACGAAGUUUGUUCUAUUCGUUGAGUGUAGAAUAUUGUGAUUCAUCAUACGAAUUUCUUUUCACUACA